AGCUGUGAAUGCAUCAUUGUGAACCAUUGUGACAAGAAAAAGGGAAAUAAGAUGUCUUUCGCAGAAUCUAGUCAGAUUUUGAUGUCAUGCACGCCAGUAGAGAGUCAAGUUACAGAAUUUGACAAAGAAUUGUUUAUAGAGGAAGUUCGGAAAUUUCCAUGUCUAUGGAACAUUUAUUCUACUGAUUACAAAGACAGAAACAUCAAAAAUAAUGCAUGGCAAGAAUUGGCAAGAAUAUUUCAAAAAGAUUGCGAAUUCCUUCAAAAACAACUAAAAUAUUUAAAAGACAACCUGAAAAAAUGUCUCGACAGAAGAACAAGGAUGACAAAAUCAGGUGCAGCUGCUUCGUCGUUACCAAAAUGUAACUAUUUUGAACAGAUGUCCUUUCUUUAUGAAAGAGCACCUAUGAACUUCCCAACUGAAAGCAAUGUACGGAUACAGAGUAAAGAAAAUACAGAACAAACGUGUUCAAAGGAAAGCGUUGAUCAACCCCCUGAUGUAGAUUUGUUCACACCACCACAAUCUCCUAUGAUUUUGAACAAAAUUACGGACAGUGGCAGCGCUACUGUCAUUGCAAAGCGGGAGAAAAGAAAACGUAGUGAGAAUGCAGAAGGAAAUAGAAUUUUGAAAGAGUUGGAUGCAAUAGAGAAAGAAUUAAAAGCUGGUGAUAAAGAGGAAUGUGAAGAUAGUCUUUUUUGCCGUAGCCUAGUGCCCACUUUAAGAAAAUUAUCUGCCAAGAAGAACAAAAUGGCAAAAAUUAAGAUUUCGCAGCUGUUGUUUGAAAUUGAGUUUGAUGAGGCAUGUGAAUAA